GCUUCACCAGAUUUGUGCUGCCCCCUCUCGAAGACGAAGCUCUGAAAGCCGUAAACCUUUUUCUCACCGUCGAAGCUUCUUCGUCGUUCUUUAACUGAUCUGUGAAGAUGUAUUCUGCUCAGAACAAGAUCCACAAGGAUAAGGGUGUGGCACCAACAGAGUUUGAGGAGCAAGUCGCUCAGGCUUUCUUUGACUUGGAGAAUACUAACCAGGAACUGAAAAGCGAGUUGAAAGAUCUGUACAUCAACCAAGCAGUUCAUAUGGAUAUUUCUGGCAAUCGCAAGGCUGUUGUGAUCUAUGUUCCAUUCAGAUUGAGGAAAGCUUUCCGUAAGAUUCACCUCCGUCUUGUCAGAGAGCUUGAGAAGAAGUUCAGUGGAAAAGAUGUUGUCUUUGUUGCUACCAGAAGAAUCAUGCGCCCCCCAAAGAAGGGCUCAGCUGUUCAGAGACCACGCAACAGGACUCUUACUUCCGUCCAUGAAGCUAUGCUUGAGGAUGUUGCUUACCCUGCUGAGAUUGUAGGAAAGCGAACCAGAUACCGUCUUGAUGGCACCAAGGUUACUAAGGUCUAUUUAGACAUUAAGCAGAAGAAUGACACUGAGUACAAGCUGGAGACAAUGAUGGGUGUGUACAAGAAACUUACAGGCAGAGAUGUAGUUUUCGAGUACCCAGUCACUGAAGCUUGAAGAGAUGAAUGUUUGUUUUGUUCAUUUUUGUCGGAUAGCUUUUCCUUCUGUUUGCUUUUUGGGAGUAAAAACUCUGUUUCAUCAACUUUUUCAACGUUCUAUUUAACAAUAUACAGUACUUGUGUUC